CUCGUCACAAAACAUUCCCCAUUCCAAAACAAAGAUUUCACACUCGCAACUACCUCCUUAUCUUUAUUUGCACCUCCCAGCGUGCAAUUCAUCCCUCGACGUUGAAGUUCCAAAGAUUGCGGAUCCGAACAUGUCAGCCAAGCACCCCCUCCUCGUCGCGACGGCCAUCGCGCAUGGCGUGUUGGGCUUGGGCCAUACGAUGAAAGGCCUCGACCAGUUCAAGCACGACUCGCUGAACCAGCUCCCGGCCAUGCUGCGUGGUGCUGUGAAAGCAGGCUGGUAUGAGGGUAGUGUGUUCUUUGCUAUCGUUGGGAUCUUGAACUACAAGUGGAGCCAGACUGGCCUUCUCGACAGCGCCGAUAAAGCGAUUGCUGGGUUGCUGACGACGUUGCUCUUUGCGGCUGGGGCAAACUACUACCGCACGGGAGACAAGCCGACUGGGCUGCUUCUGAGUUUGGUUGGUGUUUUGCAGGCUGUUGGUGCUAAGAAGGCUGCCUUGUAAACUGAACAGAGUAUAUGUAAAAGUCCGUUUUCAUUAUCCGUAUCCCGUUAUCAUAAGGCUUGCCGUUACGCUAGCGUUAAGUAACAGCAAGCCCCAAGGCCGUCAAGGCAUAAACCGUCGUGACAG